AUGGGUAACUCCAAGAGCGGCGCUGUGUCCAAGGAGAUCCUGGAGGACCUGAAACUCAACACCAAGUUCUCAGAGACUGAGAUUGUCCAGUGGUACGAGAACUUCAAGAGGCAGUGUCCAACGGGGCGCAUCACGAAAGAGGAGUUUCAGAGCAUCUACAGCAAGUUCUUCCCAGAGAGCGACGCCCAAACAUACUCCCAGCACGUCUUCCGAUCCUUCGACACGAACGACGACGGCACGCUGGACUUCAAGGAGUACAUCGUCGCUCUGCACAUGACGUCAACAGGGAAGACCACCAGGAAACUGGAGUGGGCCUUCUCGCUGUUCGAUGUGGACAAGAACGGAUACAUCACCAAGUCGGAGGUCAAGGAAAUCUGUUCGGCAAUUUUCAAGCUGAUUCCUAAGGAUGAGUUGUCUAUUCUGGCUGAAGAUGAAAACACAGCUGAGAAGAGGGCAGAUAAACUCUGGAAGUUCUUUGACAAGGGCGACAAUGAACGAGUGGCAGAAGGCGAGUUUAUCCAGGGAGUGUUGGACAAUGAUGAAGCCCUCCGUUUGAUUCAGUAUACGCCUGCAAAGUAACUCUGUAUCUCUCUCUCCGUUCCGUUGUUUCCACUCUUUCUUACCC